AUGACUCUCGUCAUUCGGGCGGCGAAUGUGGCUGGCGGCGCCCGCCUGCAGAUCGUCAUUUACGAUCCCAACCUUCACGACGCGCCCACUCGCAACGCCCUCGUUGCCCACGGCGACCCCUUGGUUGAAUGUUACCGGAAACUGCUGAGUAUGAUCACAGACUGGGUCCGAGAGACCGCGGCUUUCCCUCCCGUGCUCGAGGGCUGGUACGGCGGGCGCAUGCAGGGGGUCAAACUUGAGGAAGUCGGACUUGAUGCUGUUGGUCUCGCAGCCCUGUGGAUUAAUAAGCUUGUGAGUGGCGGUGCUCUGCCACCCAUGGCUGAAGACACGAUGACAGCCGACGAGGAACGCCUGCUCUGGGAAGAGAAGGGCUUCGUACCCAUUGAGCGUCUCCUGAACUAG